AUGGUGUUGCACAACCCUAACAACUGGCAUUGGGUGAACAAGGAUGUAUCCCAGUGGGCCAAGGCAUGGUUCGAAGACAACUUGCUCAAGAUUAAGGCCAAGGAUGGUGACGUCGAAGCCAGGAUCAGCAAGGUCCAGAGCUUGGAUGGGGACGUAGAUGUCAGUCAGCGAAAAGGCAAAGUGAUUACCAUCUUUGACGUGAAGCUGGUCCUGGAGUAUACCGGAUCGGCCCCUGAUGCGGACGAGGUGUCGGGAACGAUCACCGUCCCCGAGAUCGCCCACGAUACCGAUGAAGCCGAGUAUGUGUUUGACGUAGAUAUCUUCUCCGAAUCCAAGGAGAAGCAGUCGGUGAAGGAUCUAGUCCGCUCCAAGCUGGUCCCCCAGCUGCGCAGCGAGUUCCAAAAACUCGCACCCGCACUGAUAGCUGAGCACGGCAAGGAUAUCCAGCACGCGUCUGGCUCCAACCCAUCCAGCGGCUUCUCUACCCCCAAGCUCCACCCACAAACUUCUGCUUCCAAGUCUUCACAACCGACCAGUGCGCCAACCAGCACGUCGGGCAUUGUCAACACCGUGACCGUGACCGACAAUGAAGAGUUUCGCACGACGGCGGAAGAGCUAUAUCAAACCUUUGUCGACCCGCAACGGAUAGCUGCCUUCACUCGCUCACCCCCCAAGCUCUUCGAGGGUGCCAAGAAGGGUGGCAAGUUUGAGCUCUUUGGUGGUAACGUCUCGGGCGAGUAUCUGGAACUGGAUUCGCCCAAGAAGAUCGUACAGAGCUGGCGGCUGAAUCAAUGGCCCGCGGGCCACUACUCGACACUCCAAAUUGAGUUUGAUCAAAAUGACGUCGAUCAUGUCACCGUCAUGCGCGUCGCCUGGCAAGGUGUCCCGGUCGGUCAAGAGGAAGUCACGAAGCGGAACUGGCUCGAGUAUUACGUCAAGUGCAUUAAGCAAACUUUUGGAUUCGGCAGCAUCUUGUAG